AUGGUAAUCUCGCUGAUUUGGGUAGCUUACUUGCUGGCCGAUUGGGCUGCUAUCUUUGCAUUGGGACUUAUUUCCAGGCGUCAAAAAUAUACUCAAAAAUUUGAUGAUCAUGCUGACAUUCUGGUGUUUUGGGCUCCCUUUCUUUUGUUACACCUUGGUGGUCCAGAUACCGUAACUGCUUUUGCUCUGGAGGAUAAUGCUCUCUGGCUAAGGCACUUGGUUGGGCUCCUAAGCCAGGUUGUCACUUCUACUAUUAUCUUUGGCCAAUCCCUUCCCAGUAACAAGUUAUGGGUCCAUACUCUCCUUCUGUUUGUCGCUGGAACCAUCAAGUAUGGUGAGCGAACAUAUGCUUUAUUUCAAGCAAACCUGAAUACAUUUCGAAAAUCCAUGCUUCAAGCGCCUGAACCAGGACUUAACUAUGCAGAGUUAAUGGAGGAAUUUGAAAGAAGAAAAUUCUAUAACAUACCCCAAGCUGGCCGAAGAGUACCCAAGAGCAACUUUAUACCACUCGAUGUCGAUUCUACUGCUGUACAGGUGCGACUUGCUUAUCACUUCUUCAAAAUGUUCAAGGGUCUCAUUGUGGAUCACAUCUUUAAUAUCCAUGAGCGUCGGGACAGCCGAGAUUUUUUCGGUGGGCGAAGCGCAGAAGUUGUUUUGAACGUCGUAGCAGUUGAACUCAACUUCUUGUAUACAGUACUCUAUACGAAGGCUGUCGUGAUACGUUCAAUAUUUGGAUACUUUGCCCGGUUUAUAUCCAGUUGUGCGGUUGUUGCAGCUCUUUCAACCUUCUAUUCAAUAGAUAAGCAUGGUUUUGGCAAGAUUGACGUUGAAAUUACCUAUACCUUGCUCUUUGGUGCCAUAGCCUUGGAUACAAUUGCUCUCUUUAUGAUGGCUUUCUCUGAUUGGACUGUUGCUCUUGCUUCCACCCUGCAGUUGUCGAGGAAUAAAAGAUGGAGAAAUGAAAGGUUGUUGAGAAGUUUAAAGUUCCACAUUGUUGCUGUUGUUUGUCUUAAUUGGGAGGAGGAUGGACGUCUGAUUACUAAGUUUUGGUUGGAUGCUUACUAA